AUGCCCUGCCCACAGACAAUGCUGCACCAGGAGCCCUGCCUCAUCCAGACCAACCUGGGCAGCCCCAGCCUCACUCUGGAGGACAAGACUGGCCAGAGGCUCCGCUCCAGAUUCCUGCAGCAGAGCAACCUGCAGCCCUGGUCUGGGCGGCGCCACCUGAAAGCCCAGAGCUUUUCCUUCCAGCAAAGCAAUCUGAGCCUAAGCAAGGCCAGCUUGGCUGAGUGUGGAGACAGCACUGGCCCCCACCUCUGGUUAGAGUCACAGGAAAGCUUCGGUCUCCACACCUUGCCCCGAGGUAGCCCCCUCUGCUACAGCAGGCAGCUGACCCACCUGAGUCAGUCCCAGCCACCAGACCCAGACUUCAAGCUCCCUGCAGACUUCAGCCCUUUAGACGGAUGUCCUCAGCUAGGCCCCCGAGCCUCCUGUGUCCUGAACCAAUGGACCUGCAGGCCUGUGGGUGAGCCACUCACCCUGGAUGACCUGACUGUCCCUGCCCAGAGUCAGUGUCAGGCCCCAUCCCAUGAUGAUGGCCACCAGUUGCUGGCCUCCAUGCAAUGCCUAGAGCACAAGGCAGCCCAACUCAAGUGCUGGGGAUCCCAGAAACCCCUGGACCCUGUUCUAUGGGGCCCUUGGGCCAGCGGUGGCCAUGCAGUCCCUGCCCGCCCCCAGUCCAGUCGGCCUGCUUAUGCACGCCUGGACAAGACUCUGAGAGGCCCUAGAAGCCUCAGGGAGAAGACACGAGGAUCCCAGAACAAGGCCCCAAACAUUGUGACCCUGGAGACUGAGACAGCCUGCUGGCAGCUGCUGUCCAGGUGUUUCAGAGCCUGGAGGAAGAGGUGGCAGACCGUGGUGACAGCAGAGAGGAUGCGCCGACGGCAGCUGCUGAGAAGGGGGCUGCGGGUGCUGCGAAGGGCCCUCCACCUUCGGGAGGCCAGGCUCCAGGCAGCACAUGCGCGGCACCGGAAGGCCCUGCUGGCCCGGAGCUUCCGAGAGGUCAGGGGCCUCCGGGUUCGACCAGAGGGAGGAAUCCUGAAGAAGAAGGGAGGCUGGCCGAUUCCUUCCCAUCCUGGGCUGAGACCAGACGGCCGAGAUGAGAGACUCCAGAUCCUGGAGGCCUUACAGCAAUUGACUAGUGAGAUGGUGGAGAAGGUGGGGGUCUUCCUCCUGUGGUGCCAUCACAAGAGCCUGGCCAGGCAGGAGAGGGGAGUCCGGAGAGAAGUUCCCUCAGCCUUGCCCAGGAUUCAGAAAGUGGGGUGGUGCCCCCAGGCCAGCCGGGCUCCUGCUGCAGCCCCGGCAAGGGUGGUCCCACUUAAGUCCCAGCAUCAGCGAGAUUUGCUUUGCAAGUGCCUUAGAACCUGGCAGGGGUUUGCACAAAGAGAGUCCCGGUGCCGGGACUUCCUGACUGACUGCCGGGUGAGGACCCUGAACACAUGCCUGCGACAGUGGGUGCAGAUGAAGAAGCUCCACAUCUCAGAUGGGGUGAAGGUGACCCAGCUGUGCCUCUGGCGGCAGAAGAUUGAGAGCUCAGCUCUUUGCAGCCCAGCCCCCAGAGUCUCCACAGCCUGGGGCCCCAGGGCGGUGACCAAGGCUCAGGAGCAGCUCCUGGAGCGAAGCCAGGGCUCCCUGCAGAAAGCCUGCCGGCGGUUGGCCCUCCACCGGGCGCUGCUGCUCUGGAGGACACAGCUCUCCCUGCACCAGCAGGCCAACGUCUUCCUCCGGAGCCUGAAGCAGCGGACCCUGCAGUAUGUCCUGCGCCAAUGGCAUUCAAGCGUGCCGCGUCCCUGCACUCCAUCCCACAGCAUGAAGACCACCUGGGCCCUGGAGCCACUGAGCAGUAACCCCACCCAGGAGGCCUUGAUGGGCUGUAGCUCACACAGGGGAUCCCCGGAGAAGGCUCCGAGGGACCCUGCCCUCUUGGAGACCCUUCGGGUGACCUUUCUGAGGGCAACUGGGCGGCGCCUGCAGGAACACAGCCUUCUGCUCUGGCAGACGCGAGUCCAGCAGGCAUGGGAUGCAAGGAGUGAUCCUCCAGCCUCCCAGGAACCACCCUGCCCCAUGAUGGAAACAAAGAAAAGAGUCACUCAUGCUGGGGAGGAGGGUGAAGUCCUGGGACUCCUGCUCCAGUCCCCAUGCCCAGGCUCCGAGGGACCCUGCCCUCUUGGAGACCCUUCGGGUGACCUUUCUGCGGGCAACUGGGCGGCGCCUGCAGGAGCACAGCUGCCAGAGUAG